AUGUUUUCUUCGUCAUCAUCAAAACCGAAAUUUGCAUUCGACUUAACAAUAAAUGAAUUAACAAAUGUUCCACAAAUAAAUGGUUCAUGUUAUAUUGAGAUAUCAAUUAAGGAUAGUAAGAGAAAUUCAUCACGUCGUCAUAAAAAUGGUAAAGCACCCGUAGACCCAUCAAAAACGAAAACUUCGAAUUCAAGUACCUCGUCUCCUUCGAGAUCAAACACACGGUCAUUCUUGAAUAAGUUUGAUGAUUUAGGAUCAAAAUUAAAACAAUCAACUAGUCUUUCAAAGGAUAAAUCGAGCAGUAGUGAUGGAAAUAAGAACAACAGUAAUAGUUCUUUCAAUUUGAACUCAUCAUCUUCAAAUUCAAACACAUCUGUGUCUGGUCAUGUGUCUACUACAACUUCUCGUAAAAGAUUACAUAAUUUUAGAUGUGUUUUCAAUUAUAAAUUAUCAUGUAAUUUGAAAUUUGGUUUAAAGAAAAAAGGGAAUUUGAUUUCAAAUAAGUAUUUAUGUUUUAGAGUGUAUUACAUUCAUGAAGAUAAACAUCAUUCAUCUGACUCUGACAAUGGCACAAUUAUUGAUUUAGGAAGAUUGGAAAUAAAUCUUGCUGAAUAUUUGAACUUUAGUGAUCCAGUGAAUACCAAAUACUUAUUAGAAGAUUCGAAAGUUAAUUCUAUUUUGAACAUAACAAUCGGAUUACAUGAAUUACCAUCCAAUUUUGAUUUUCAUACUCAAUUACAAAUUCAAGAUAACAAUAGCUCAAAUUUAUCAUCAACUUCAACUUCCAAUUUGAAUAUGAGCAAUAAAAAGAAGACUAAUUUCAACGUACCUCAAUUUGAGAAAAAGAAUGUUUAUACUGGGAUAAACAAUGUUUUAGGAGAUAAUGCAAUUCAAGAAGAUGCGACAAAGGAUCAUUAUCAACACCACCACCAUCAUCACCAUCAGCAUGAUCAAAAUGGCUCAAAAUCUCCACCAAGAAAUCAUAGACAGUUAUUAAAUACUAGCAAACAUUCGUCAAAUUCAGUGAACUCUUCUUCCACGUCAUCAUCUACAUCAUCCAAUAAAAAAACACAAGAGAACAAAUCAUUAACUGACAUAGCAAAUUUAAACAACCAAGACUUGAUAAAACUAGUAGCUCAAUCAUCAGAUGUCGCUUCUGGUUUUAGUUCAAAUCAGCAUCCUGCAAAUGAUUCCAAUUCUAAUAAUGUAGGUAAUUUACCACUGAUGAUCAAUCAAAACUCUUCGGAAGAUAAUAAACAUAUUUUAAUGGAUCCAAUAGUGAGUAUCUUAUAUUGCAAAAUAUUAGAAAGUAAUUGGGAUCCUGAGUUAUACCCUUUAUUGGAUUAUUCACCUAAUCAGUGUAUUGAUGAUAUAUUCAAUAAUGAACAAAAUCCACUUGGUUGUAAUUUGAAACUAAAAAAAUUCUAUCUUGAUAAAAAAGCUGAGAAUAAUAAAGAAGAUAUUAAUGAUGAUAGUUAUAGAGAAUUGAAUGGAUUAAUUAACGAAGUCAAGUAUAGACCUAAUUUACAAAGUUGGACUAUUAAUGAAGAAAUUUAUACAAAAUAA